AUGGGUCACUCUGCAGGUCUCCGAAAGGGUACUCGCUAUGCCUUUUCCCGCGACUUCAAACGGAAGGGUUUCAUCCCUCUUUCCACCUACCUGAAAGAAUACCGGGUCGGUGAUAUUGUCGAUAUCAAGUGCAACGGUGCUGUUCAGAAGGGUUUACCCUACAAGCUCUACCACGGCAAGACCGGUGUUGUCUACAACGUCACAAAGUCCUCCGUGGGCGUCAUCAUCUACAAGCGUGUCGGCAAUCGGUACAUGGAGAAGCGCAUCAAUGUUCGCGUUGAGCACAUUUCUCACUCCCGCUCCCGUGAUGAGUUCAUCAACCGUGUCAAGGAGAACGCCAUCAAGAAACGCCAGGCCAAGGAGCAGGGUACGCAUCUGCACUUGAAGAGACAGGCCGUCCAGCCCCGCGACUCCCACGUCGUCGAUUCUCAGAACAACUUCCCUGAGACGAUCACCCCUAUCCCCUACGAUACUCAUAUCUAA